AUGAAGGGAUCUCUGAAAAGAAUAAAGGAGAAAUUAAAAAGCACAAAGAAGAAAGGAUAUUAUAUAACAUUUUAUGAUAGAAUAAAACAAAUUAAUGAUAAGGAAAAGUUAGAAGAUUAUAAUUCUGUACAUGAGAAUAAUUAUGAAGAUUAUUUAAAGUCUUUUAAUAAAAAUGAUAAUCAAAAUAAUACCGAAGAAUUAAAAAGAACCAACUUUUAUCGAGCUCUUAAUGAAUACCCCAAAGAUUGUUACAAUAAAGAUUUUAGAAGGUGCUGUAACGAGUUAUUAAUUUAUUCAAAAAAUUUAAUGGUUAUCCUACUAAACAAAGACAAAAUAUUCAGUAUUAUUUUUAAGUAUAUAGAACAUAGCAAUGUAAAGAAUGAUGAACAAUAUUUUUAUAAAUUAUUAGUUAUAUUAAUUAAAGAUUUAAAAGAUGAAAGCAGGAAAUAUUUAGAGGCAAUAUUAAAAAUUUUAUAUAAUAAAAUAAAUUUGAAUAAUUUAGAUCUUUUAGAAGAAAUAUUUAAUAGUUAUGCAAAUAUAUUUCGAUUAAUGAAUAAAACAAUAAUAAAAAAUAUAGACAAAUAUUUAAAAUUAGCUUUACCAUUAUUAUCUCAUCGUAAUAAUAUUAUAAAAAUAUUUAUUGCAGACAGUUUUUCUUAUUUAUUAAAAAAAUUAUCAUUACAUGAUCUUAUAUUAUGUUUUAAUAAAAUAUUCUCCUUUUUUAAUUACAUACCAAAAUCAAAAUUAAAUCAUUAUUCAGAAACAGUUAGUUUAUUAUUACUUGAAGCAUUAAAAGUAGAUAACAAAAAUAUAUCAAAAAAAAAAAUAUUACCUUUUUUAAAAUAUCUUAUAUGUUCCAUAUUCUUAAGACAAUCAUAUUAUUGUAAUGAAACAGAAGCUAUGUAUGAUUAUAUAAAUAUUGUUCCCAUGAAUUUUGUAGAAAAAUGUAUAUCUAAUUUUUUUCGAGAUUUUUAUAAUUUUAUAAAGGAUGAUGAAACUUCAUAUGAAUUUAUUGAAUUAUUCUUAACUUUCCUUUUAAAACAUUAUUCUCUCUUAUAUAAUAAAUAUUACAGUAAAGUGAUAACGCUUUCGUACCAUAAUAAUAAUAAUAAUAAUAAUAUAGAUAAUGAUAUGGAUAAUUUGUUAAAUUUUGAAAGUGUACAAAGUCAAUUAAUUUGUCAUGAGAUAUAUACAAAAUGUUAUAAAUGUGAAACCUUAUACAAAGAAUUAAAAGAGAAUGUAUCUCAUCAUAUAUAUGAGAAAAGUGACCACAUUGAUUAUAAAGAAAACAUUAUUAUAACUCCUUCUUUUUUUGAAAAAUUGCCCGUUCAUUUUAACAUUAUUCAUUCAAACAAUACAAAUAUAAAGAAUGAAAAUGGGGGAAAUUUAUCGACUAGUAAUAUUUCUGAAAUUGCACAUUUUAUAAAUUACACAUUUCCUGAAGCAACAUCCUUCUUGUUAAAAAAAAUAUUGUACAUAUGGCUAGAAAAAAGUGAUGAAAUGAAAAAUAUAAUUAUACAAACAUGCUUAGAUGAACUUACAAAAUAUAUAGAUUACUUGAAAGGUAUGCCAUUAAAUGAUUUGUCAUUUAUAUAUGUAAAAAAUAUAUAUGAUCAUGUUUUCUUUUUAUUAAAUUAUCAUUGUAUCAACAAUGAGCAGAUAUGCAAUAUAUAUAUUUCUUUGGUUGACAAAUUUAUGAAUAUAAUAAAUACACAAUGGAAAAGGAGAAAGAAUAUUUUCUCCUUAUAUUUAUUAUCUUUUUUAAUUUUUCAUAUAUAUGAGCUUUUAAAUAAAAAGCACAUGAUACAUUGUGAAGUGCAUUUUAAGUCUUUUUUAAAAUGCGUGUUUAUCAGCCUAUGGAAAUAUUUUAUCCAAAUGGAAAUAAUAGAUUUUUAUCAAAAUAAUAUGUAUAUAAUUAAUGGACUUAAUAGAAUGAAGAAACGUAAUACUGGUCAUGAACAUGUAAAUAUUAUAUUACAGGAAGAUAGUACAAUUAAAAUUAACCAAGUUUAUAAUAAUAUUAAUGAGGAGGAGGAGACGGAACAAAAUAUGUAUAAGUCUAAUAUAUGUUGUAAGGAUUUUUCUUUCAUGUUAAACAAUCUUUAUAUAGGGAUAUUAUAUAUACUGAUUGAUUUAUUAAAAUACGUAAUAUUGCUAAAUCAAAAUGAUAAUAUUAUGAUUAAUGAAAUAAAUGAGAAAGAUAAUAAAACACUUAAAAAAAAAAAUUCACAUAAUGACAAUAUUUAUCAAACACAAAAUAACAGUAAUAUAAUCAUUAAUAAUAAUAAUAAUAAUAAUAAUAAUAAUAAUAUUAGUGAUAUACAUUUUUUUAAUAAAUAUAAAAUGUAUAAUAAAAAUUAUAUCCAUCAUAAUAAUAACAAGAAUAAUAAGAAAAAUAAUUCGUUUUUUAAAGAAAUUGAAAAGGAAUUGGAAAAUAUGUUAAUAUAUAUUUUUAAUAACAUCCAAUAUUUAAAUAUAAUUUUAAAUGAUAUAAGUGAGUGUGAUAAAAAUAUUAGUACCAUUGAACAAAAUGAAAAUAAACUUAUUCAAAUAAAAUACACAAUAAUAUUAUUAAGUGGUUAUAUUAAUUUAUUUUCAGAAAUAAUUUGUACUACUAAUUUAUGUAUAUAUGACCAAUUUAAUAAUGUAGAAAGAAUAUCUCCUUUAUUUUAUAAUAUUUGUGAAAUUUCACAAAAAUUUAAAAGGAACAAUUACUUUUUAAAUAUUUGUAAAGAUAAAAAUAAAUUGUUAGAUAUGAAUAUAUAUGUCAAUAACAUUAUACUUGAUAUUACUAAUAUUAUAAUAAUAUUAUCAAAAGAAUCUGGACAUAUAAGUGAAAAUUUACUUUUAACAUAUAAUAUGUUUUUAUUAAAUUGUUUAAAUGAUUGGGAUAAAUCAGAUAUAUGUAAUUUACAUUAUUUACCAAAAAUGAAAAGUAUUAUACUUAAUUUAUAUAAUGUAAAUUAUUUCAAAAAUAAUAUUAAUGAUAUAUUUUUGUUUUUAAAAAUUUUAAAAAAAUUUCUUUUAUUUUAUGAUACUAUUUUAAUAACAAGAAAGGAAUUAAUAGAAAUAGUCAAAAUUUUAAUGUCCAUAUAUGCAGAAUUGAAAUUAGAUAAAUGUAAAGUACAUGAUAAUAUGGAUGAUAAUAAUAUAUAUAUGAUUAUUAAUGGAUAUGACAAAAUAUUUUCAAUCUUUGAUAUGUUCCUAUCUUUAGAAUGUGAUAAAUAUGUAAGUACUUAUCAAAAUAUAUAUCAUUCUAAAAUUGAAGAUAUAGUAAAUAAUCUCGAUCAUUUUAAAAUAUAUAAUAUAUUUAAUGACAAAGAUCGAAUAUUCAAAGUAGCUACCAAGUUUUUUGUAAGUGAAAUAAUUAUGUUAUUAAAUGUACCACUCGUGACGGUACCAAAAGCCAUUGUUGAUCAUAUGAAGAAAUACUUACGUACUUUUAGUAAUAAUCAUGAUAUAAAUUCUAAUAGGGACGAUUUUUCGUUCGACUUUUACUUUUAUGUAGUAAAUUGUAUUUUUAAAAAUAGUAGGAAAAAAAUAGACAUGAUAGAAUAUAAUAUUAAUUUGAGAAAUAUGGAGAAAUAUAAUAUGAUAAAUAAUUCUGAUUAUAUAAAUAAAAGUGAAGAAAUUAUUUUUGAACACGCAAAUGAUGAUAUAUAUCCAUCAGUUUGUGGUGAUACAUAUGGAGAUAAUAAUAAUAAUAUUAUAAGUGGGCAUAACAUUUCAAGUGACAAUAAUUAUAUGAGUAGCCUUAACCUUUCAAGUGGUAAUAAUAAUAAUAAUAAUAAUAAUAAUAAUAAUAUUAAUAAUAAUAUUAAUAAUUAUGAAUACCCUAACAAAAUAGAUGAUAACAUAUCAAUUAAUUAUAUUCAUGAAAAUUUUAAAAAAUUGAUAUAUUCAAAUAUAAAAGAUGGACAAGAAAAUAUAGAGAAUUAUUUAAAUGUAAAAGAAAAAAAAAUGUUCAUUUUAUUAGAAGAAAAUUAUAACGAAUUGUUUUUUAAAAAUAUUCUUAUAUCUUUUGAUAUAAUUGCUGUACCAUAUCCAAAUAACUUGCCUAAUCAUCUGAAGAUAAAAAUGUUAAAUAUAUAUUUAUGGAUUAUGAGAUUUUUAAAUAUAAAUUGUUCAAAUUAUAUAAAUGAAUUUAAAUACUUUACUCUAUUAAAUUUAUUAUUUGAUAUUACACAAAACAUAAAUGAUCAGUUUCAUAAAUAUGAUGACUAUGAAAAAAUGAGUAUGUCACGUUCAGAACAUAAAAGUGAUAAUAAUUUAAAAAAUGAAUAUAACAUUAAAAUGAAUGAAGUUAUUGAUGAAACGAAAGAACGUAAACAUCUUAUCUAUGAAAUUUUAUUUUGUAUAAAAAUAUUUAUUAGCAAAUAUCUUUAUAAUUUACAUAUAUUAAAAGUACCCAAUAUUAUGAAAUUUUUAAAUAUCCUUUGUACAUAUAAUAAAAAGUUAAAUAAUUACAAAAAUGAUAUAGAAGAAAUAUUAGGUGAUCAAAAUGUACCUAUUACGAAAUUAUUGUUAAAUAUAAAAAAAGAAGAUGAAAAUAUAGUAACACCCAUUUUAAUAAAAAUAAUAUUUUGUAUGUUAAAAAGUAAUAUAAAAAAAAAAGGACAACAUAAAAUGAGGAAAAAUAUGAUAUUUUAUUUAUCAGAUAUUUCUAAUAAUAAUUAUUGCUACUUAUUUUUGUCUGUUAUAUAUUCAUAUAUUAAUGUUUAUGAAAAUAAGAUGAAUUAUAAUAAUUUACUUAAAUAUUCAAAUAAAGAACUUGUACUCAUAAAAUUUCUAAACUCACCUCAAGAAGAUUUAAACAAACUAUGGUAUUAUGAAUUUAAUGUACACAAUAUAGAUAAAAUGAUACAUAAAAAUGGUAAUAUAUUUUCUUAUGAAGAUAUGUUUAAAUCUUCCUAUUGGGUCUUUCAAAAUUAUAUAAUUGAAAUAAAAAAAGAAGCCUUAUUUGAAACAUUUUAUUUUAAUAAAAAUUUUCAUAUAUUAGGACAAAUAUUAAAUAUUAUGAAAUUUAAAUUAAAUAAAUAUUUCCCAUUCUUCCUUCAAAUAUUUUUAACCAUUAUGCAUUAUAUAAAUAGUUAUAAUUAUAUUUUGAAAAAUAAAAAAGUCAAAAAUCUAUUUAUGAAAAUGUGCCAUAUGGUACAUUAUGGUAAUAAUGGUGUCAUGGCGGCUUUUGAUGAAUAUUUAAAUUUAAACCAAAAACAAUUAAAUAAUAUAAAAUCAAAACGUGUAAUUAAUAGCAAUAAUAAUAAUAAUAAUAAUAUAAAUAAUAUGAAUAAUACGAAUAAUAUGAAUAAUACGAAUAAUAUGAAUAAUACGAAUAAUAUGAAUAAUAUGAAUAAUGAAUAUUUGGACAGUCAAAUUGAGUUGGAAGAUAAUAUAUAUUAUGAUAAUUCAAAUAAUAUGUGUAAUUUUAAUUAUGUACAAAGAAACAAUGAUAGUAUUAUAUGUACAAAUGAAAAAGCUAUUCAAAUAAAUACCAAAAGAGCAUAUCUAAAAAAUAUACAUAAAACGUGUAUAGAACAUAUACAUUUUAUCAUGAAUAAUUAUGAUGAUAUGAUUCUACCCACAUUAAUAAAAUCAAAAAAUUUGUUUACAUUUAUAUUUUAUAAAAAUUUAAAAAAUAUAGGAAGAAAAAAUAAUUUUCUAAAUAUUUUAUUUCAUAUAUGGUCAAAAAAUGAAGCAUGUUAUGAUUUCUACAACAAGGUAAUACCUAAUUCUCUUUUAAUAUUAAUUAAAGCAAUUAAUAAUAAACGUAUUAUAAAUAAAUUAAAUAACAACGAAUGGAAUUAUGCAGUGGAUAAAGUAUAUGAUAUAAUUUUACGUUUGUGUGGUUAUGAUACUGAUACAUUUUUUAUAUCUAAUGUUUCAAAGGAAUAUAAAAAUGCAAAAGAGAAAAAGAAGAAAAAGAAUGAAAAAUUUAACAAUAUGAAUAAUGUUAUAAAUGAACAUUAUCUUUUGUUAGAUAACAAAAUAAGUGCAACAUUAAAAAAAAUUAAUAAUUAUAAUUUUCAUUAUAAUUCAAAAGGUAUGAUUAUAUUAAAACCAUACAUAUCACAUAUCAUUAUUUGUAUUCAGAAGACAUUAUUAAGGAAAUAUAAAUUAUAUGUAAGUCAAAAGGGUAAUAUGUUAAAAUCGAUUAGAAAAAAGAAGAAUAUUGAUGAAUUAACAAUUAUUAAUAAUAAAGAGUUACAUAUAUUAAUUGAAUUGUCAGCUAUAAACAAAAAUAAAAUAUAUAAUAUACAUAUUAUUAAUUUGUUAAUUACUUUUGUGUUAAUUAAUAAAAAUUCAUUACAUACCAAAAAUAUAGAUUAUAUACAUAAAAUUAAAUUAAUAUUAAUAGCUAUAAAAAAAUUAAUUAUUCAUAUAUCUAAUGGCUCAUCAGAAAAAUCUACAAAUUUUAUAACAUCAGGAAAACACAGAAAAAAUACAAAAACGAAUUUAUCAUUUAACAAUAUUACAAAUAUCAAAAAUGUAUCUAAAUUAAAAAUGGAUACACAAAUAAAAAAUGAUAUAAAUUAUAAGGAUGUUCCUAAAUAUUCACAUGUAACAAACGCUGAAAAUACAAUAAAUAAAAAAAAAGGUAAAAGUUUUAUUUUUUCGAAUUUAUUAUAUUUUUCUGAAUCUUAUUAUAAUAUGUUAAAAACAAAUAUGUGUUAUAAAUUAAAAGGUAUGUUAUAUGAAAUUAUUCAAAAAUGUUAUGAUAUGAAAUGUCGAAUUCUUGCAGCAGAACUUUUAAUUAUGAUAGGAUGUAUAUUUUUAAAAAUAAAAAAUGUUCAGAAAUAUUUACAGAUAUUUAAAAAAAAUGUAGAUAUAUUCUUGGAAAAAACAAAUAAUUUAAAUUAUAAUUCUAAAAUUGUUUUAAAACAUAUUAUUAAAAUACCAAUAAAAACUCAAAUAAAAAAUAAAAAUAUUUCUACAAAUAAUUAUUAUUCUUUUCUUCAGACUGCGCAAAUAUUUUAUUGUCUUAAUAUUUUCCAUACAAAAUGUUCUACAUAUGAGUAUGAUUCUGAUGUUCAAUUUUUAAUACUUUUAGAUUUAUGUAAUAUUAAAAUAUCAUAUAAAAUAUUAAAAGAUUAUAUGCUCAAUGGUCAAAGUAAAAAAUAUAUAAACUGUCAAAUAAACAAAGAUAUAACAUUUUGCUCAAAACAAAAUGACAAAAUAAUUUAUCCUCAAAAAGAAUUCAAAAAAUUCACAGUGAAACAUUUAUUUUUUAAUAGCAAUUUAUUAUUCUUUGAAGUUUUAUUAAGACAUUCCUUAUUUUUAAUAUUUAAUGAAGAAACAAAUGAUAUGGUAAGAGACAAAUCUAUACAGUUUACCAUAUUCUUUACAAAGUUGUUGAAAUGUUUGUUAAGAGGAUAUGAAAUAGAUAAUAAAAAUAUUAAUAAUAAUAAUAAUAAUAAUAAUAUUACCAUUCACGAUCAUAUUGUGCGCAAUAUAAAAAUAUGUAUACAUUUUGUUAUUAAUUUAAUUAUUCCAAAAUGUUUAAAUGCUCUUAAAAGAAAUAUUAAUGAAUUUACUAAAGUAGGUCUACAAAUUAUUUUAAUUGCAUCAAAAAAUAUAUGCCCAUAUAUAAACGUAUUGAAAUUGUUAAAUAUAGAGCAAUUCAUAAAACAUGUUAAGAUGAAAUAUUCAAAAAAUAAUAUUUCUUUUUUAUCUCCCUCUAGAAAUAAUAUCAUAACAUGUAAUAGUUAUGCAUAUUAUUAUAAUAAUUUAAUAAAUGAUGAAAAUAUUAAUGAACCACAUUUUAAAAUAUUAGAAAAAUUAUUAUUUUAUGAUUUAUAUUAUAAUAUAUGUACUACUUUGUCUAUAAAUAAUUCUGUGGAAUGUGCAAGUGCUAAUAGUUCAUGGAAUAAAAAUAAUCAAACGGCAUAUAUAAAUUCAAAAAAUAAGUACAAUGAUAUAAUUGUAGAAAAUAUAAUAGAUUUAAAAUCAGAGAAUAAUUUACAAGGUGUACAAAAAUUAAAUACUAUUACACCAAAUUUAUGUUUCUAUACAAUAAAUAAAAUAAUUAUACCGUUGUCUUUAAAUUUUAUAUUACAAAAAGAUACCAAAAAAGAAACUUAUAAUAAAGCGCUUACCUUACAAAGUAUAAAAUUAUUAGGAUUAUGUUCAGAAAAAAUUGGGGUAAAAACCAUUUAUGUAAUAUUAAGAUUAUUAUUAACGGAAAUGAAGAAAAAUUUACAUAAUAAAAUGUAUGUAGAAAAAACAAUUAGUCACGUCGUAAGAGCAUAUCAUUUUAAGGAAUUUCAAAAAUUGGAGUAUGAACAAAUAUCUACGAAAUUCAAUUCUAAUAGUAAACAUGAGGACAAAACAAUGCAAGAUGAUAAAUCCAUACGUAGUAAUAAAAUACAUACGUCAUUUAAUACAUAUGGGAACCAAACUAUAGCACGUGAUAUAAUAAAAAAUGUAGCACCAAAAGAUAACAACAUCAAUAAUAAUAAUACUACUACUACUAAUAAUACUACUACUACUACUACUACUACUAAUAAUAAUAAUAAUAAUAAUAAUAAUAAUGAUGGUGAUUAUUAUAAUAAUUUGGACCAAAAAAUAUCAAAUGCAUAUUAUGAAAAGAAAAAAUUAAAUGUACAUACCAACAAAUUCAUCUGUGAUAUUUUACCAGAACUGAAAUUUUUAAUGUUUGACAAAAAAUUAAUUAACGAUAAAAAGAAAAAGAAAAGUUAUAUAAACAAUUUGGUUGUUGAUUAUAAAAGUAAAGAUUCUGUCGCAAAACCUGAUAUAAUACUGACGUACUUAGUUAUAUUAAAUAAAAUAAAUUAUAAUUUUGAAAAAGAAUUACGUAAAAUAAUUUAUAAAUUAUGUUACUGCUUGUCUUCCAAAUUAAAUAUGGUAAGAAGUGAAGCAAAAAAAACGUUGUGUUUUAUUUCUAUGUAUCUUGGAUUAAAUUAUUUUGAUUUAAUCAUUAAACAAAUGUCGGAUUAUUUAACCAAAGGAUAUCAUAUACCCAUUUUUUUAUGUACAACCAACUCUAUUCUAGAAUCUGUGUUAUAUGAAAAAGAUAAAUUCUUAGAUAAGAAUUAUCUUACCAUAAAAUUUAAUAUGUUGAAUGAAUGGAAUUUUAAAAGAGGCAAAUUAAAAAAUAACGAUUUGGUCGCAAAUAAAAAAGAAGAAGUAAAGGCAAAGGAUGAAAUAAAUAAAAAUGAUUCAGAAAACAUUUAUGAAAAAACAAACCAAAAUUCUUAUUAUACCGAAUUUUGUGCAAAUAUUUUUCAUAUGAUUAAACUUGAAAUAAUUAACGAAAUUGAAAAGAAUACUGAAGAUGUAAAUAAAAAAAGAAUUAAACAAAAAACUAAAGAAAGUAAAAAAACAUAUGGUUCUAAUAUUAUAAGGUUAUUAACAAAUAUUGUUCCAGAAUCAUGUAUUGAAAAUAAUAUAUUGACAUUUUUGGAAAGCCUGUUUAGUGGUGAUUCCUUUCAAGAUAAUGAAGUAGAUAAAUAUUUUAUCUUUAAGAAAAAAUAUAUAUUUAUUGUAACGUGCUAUUUUAAUGACUUUAUUAAAGGUUUAGAAGAAAAUAAAAAAAUAAAUUCUAAGUUUAUAUUAAAUAUAAUAUAUAAAUUAUUAAUCAAAUCUAUAUAUUUCUUUAAAGGAGAUACUAAUUAUGAUAAUUUAAUGGCAGUUAUGAAAAAUUCAAAUAUUUUACAUUUCAAAUUUAAUCAAAUAAAUGAUAAAAUUAUGAAUUAUCCAAUUUUCAAGAAAAGUUUCCAUUUCUAUGUAUCUAUUCAAACAUUGGAAGAAAAAUAUUUAGGAUAUAAUUAUGAAAAUAAGACUAUACAAUAUCCAAAGAAGAGAAGUAACCUUGAAAUAAUGGAGGGUUCAUUUCAAGGAAAAAAUAUAUAUGAUUCUAUAAAAAAAAUCAAUAAAUAUGAUUUUCAAGUUCAUGCACAGAUAUUGGCAAAAGUAUCUUUAAAAUUAUUUCAUUUUAUAAUAAAACGUUCUUCUCAAAUGUUUUCUGAUGCUACAAAUGUAUUAGAUACAGUUCAAAGUAAUAAUAUACUACAUGAUAAUAAAAUAAAUGGAUUUAUAAACAAUACACAUGAUUACAUGAACAGAAAAGACAAGGAUUCUUAUAACAAUUUAUAUAACAUAUCAAAUUUUGUUCAUUUCAUACACAUAAUCGAACCUUUACUUGUAUAUUGUUUUUGUUAUGGUAAAGAAGAAGUGUUUAUUUUAGCAUCCAAAUGUAUAAAAACUAUUAAAAAGAAAAAAUAUAGUGAUUUUAAGAAAUUUGGAAAAUUAAUAAUUUUAUCAUCAAUAGAUAUUUUAAGAAAUCUUCCAAAUUAUCAUAGCAGAGAGUUUGAUAAACUAAUUUUAUCAUGUAUAGAUACGCUUAUAUAUUUAAUAAAAGGUAAUGACAAAAAUGAUAUCAUGUCUUGGUUAAAUUCCAAUGUAACCAUUGAUCAAAGUUAUAAUAAUACAACUAAUAAUGAUAUAAUAAGUGAUGAUGAAAAUCCAAAGAAAAAACAAAAAGGAGAAAAAAAUGAAAAAUAUAAUAAUAAUAAUAAUAAUAAUAAUAAAACAAAUGGCAUUUAUGAUAAGGAAGAGGAAGAAGAACAAAAAAAGGUACGAGAAAGAAAAAGAAAAUUAUGUUAUUUAUUAGAUGAAAGUGUUUUGUCUUCUCAUAAUUACAAAGAUAGUGAUAAUAAUGUUAGUUCCAUGGAUGAACAAGAGGAAUGUAAGAAUUCUUUACGAUAUUGUCUGUUGAAUCAAAUAUAUUUAUUAUUAGAAAGUAAAAAUCAUAUAUUUGAAUUAUUAAUAUUAUUUAAAAAUUGUUUAUUACGUGAAGAUUUAAGUAAUAUUAUACGAAAAGGUCCUAUAAUCGUAAAAAUCAAUAUGUGUAUUGAACAAAUAUUUAAUAUAAUGAUUGAAGAAUCACAUAAUUUGAAAUUAUCCUUUUUAUGUGGUCAGAUAUAUAUAGAUUUUUUUAUGCGUUUCCCAUUAUCUCAAAAAGAAAAGAAAAAAAAGUUUUUUAAUAUUUUAAAUAAUUUAAAUGAUGAAAGUGAUGAAUCAAGAAUAGCUGUAUUAAAUACAAUAUAUCUGUUUCUGAAUAGAGCAAAUUCGAAAUUGUUAAAACAAGAAUUUUAUUUUAUAACGUUUGCAAGUCUUCUAAUAAACUUUUCGAACGAAACAAAUUAUAAAUGUAGGAAAAUGUAUGUAUUCUUAAUAUCCUUACUUUUUCAGCAAAUAAAUGAUUUGGACUUUAUAUAUAAUUCUUACAAAAUUAUAAAGCAAAAUUUAAUAUCAGGAAUGAAAUCAUCUUUUGUAUAUUCUUAUUUAUACAUAUUACCAAUAUGUACCUCAUUUUUUCAUAAGGACAUAUCAAAUUAUUAUAGAUUAGUAUUUCAUGAUAUAUCACAACAAUGUGAUUAUGAAAAAAAAAUAUAUACUAAGGAAUAUAGGAGAACUAAAAAGGAGGAAAUAAUGAACUUAUGUUUACAAGCUAAGGGAGAAAUUACAAAUGGGUUAUUAAUAUAUAAUGCAAAUAAUUGUAAUAUAAAUAAUGAUAUAUAUGAUAAUAAUAAAAAUAAUAUGAUUGAUGAGCACAAUGUGGAUACCCAAUUUGAACAUAAAAUUCUUAAUCAUUUUAUCAAUCAAUUAUUAGCAUUUAUCAACAAAAAAGAAGAUGAAAAAAAUAGGAAUAUUUGUUCAAAUUAUAUAGAGGAACAAAUUAAAAAAAAACAAAAUUGUAAUAAAAUGAAUAUAAAUAGUGAUAUAGAACAUAUGAACAAUAAUUGUAUAAUACAAGAUCAGAAUUAUAUUUCAUUAAAUAUUACACAAUAUUAUAAUAUAACAUUUAUGAAAAAUCAACUGGAAGAUUUAUUUUUAUCUAUUAUUUUCCAUCUCAUAGAUAAAAUAUUUAUAAAUAUAAAAUUGAUUGUAAAAGAUUAUGAUGAUAUAAUAAAACAUGUAUUUACAUCAAAUGAUAACAUAACAUAUUUUUGUAAUAGAUAUGAUAUAUACAAACAAGUAGAUAAAGAUAUUGUAUAUUUAAUUUAUAAAUCAUUGGAACAAAUACUAUCUUAUUUAGAUAUUAAUUUAAUAGAAAAUAUAAUACAUGAAAAAUAUAGUCAUGAAAAUUAUAAGGAUAUUUUUAUAAAAAUGAUAGAAUUAAAAAAUAGUAAUAAUAAAAAUAAUUAUCAUGACAAUAUAGUAUUAUCAUAUGAUGAUAAUAUAGUAUUAACAUAUGAUGAUAAUAAUUAUGAAAAAUUAAUUAUAUAUUUUCUAUAUUUCUGGAAUUUAAUUUUUACGCAUGGAUUAAUGAAUAAAAAUCCAUAUAUACAAAUAAUAUCUAUGAAAAUCAUAAUAAAUUAUAUUAGCAAAAAAUUAACUAAUCCAUUCUUCCCAUUAUUAUUAAUUAAAUUGUAUACAACAGAUAAAUUCAUUAUAAAUAUUAUUAUCAAAAAGAUCUUAUCUUUAUUAUUAAAUUAUACAUUUUUAGAAUAUUUCUAUAUAUAUUACAAAGAAGUAAGUUCCUUACUUUGCCAUAUAUGUAACUUAUUAUUAUGCUUCCCUUGGAUUACGAAUGGAUAUAAUAAUAAAGAAAAUAAAUAUGACAUUAAUCAUAUGAAGAAUUAUGAUCAUAUGAAAAAUUUAGAAACAUUAAACGGUUCAUUAAAAUUAAACAACAAAGACAUUAAUAUUUACAACAACAAUAAUAAUAAUAAUAAUAAUAAUAUGGAUAAUAUAUCAGCAAAUGAAGAAAAUAAAAAUAUAUACAUAACAAAAAAUGUACAUAACAAUAUAAGUGAUGAAGAAGAUAUAUAUAAUAAUUCAAGUGAAGAACAAGAGUUUAACAAAGUAAAUAAUAUAUUAAAAGAAAAUGAUGAAGAUGAAUAUAAAAAUAAUAAUUCCAUUUAUAAAAAUAAAUCAAAUGAUUAUCAAAAUAAUAAAAAUAAAUCUUAUGUUAAUCAAAAUAUUGUUAUAAAUAAAGAAAUAUUAUCUUAUAGCAAAUUUUUCUUAAUAAUUAUAACUCUUUCUCGUGCUAUAAAUUUGCACUUGAAAAAUAAAAAAAAAUCAUUCACUCGUAUAUAUACCAUACUAAAUACAUAUAAACAAAUUAUUAUAGACUUUCCUGUGAACUUAUGGAAUAGAGAACAUGGUAUCAUAAAUAAUGUCCUCAUUCCACUCUAUAAGAUAGCUUCGAUUUUUAAAAAAAAAGAUUUUGUCUUAAAUGAAAAUAUAUUUAAUGAAACGGACACAUACAAAAAAUUUUUGUACUUGUCAAGUUUUGCUUGGUAUAUAAUAUCUUUAUUGGAAAAAAAAUUAGAACAUAACCAAGAUGUAUUUAAUAAAGCUUUCAUUCAAACAAGACAGAGCAUCAAUCGAAUAAGAUUUCUAAGGAAAAAGAAGAAAAAAUUGAUGGCUGUUGCAAAUCCGAAAGUUUUUAUAUUGAAUAAAAUGAAAAGAAGAAAAAAAAAACAAUUACAAAAGAAACAAAGAAAAAUCUUGUUGUAG